AUGGAAUUGAAUAGGAUAAAGGAACUUCAGAAGGAAAGGAAAUGGAUGCAAUUUUGUAAUGCAAUAAUCGAUUCCAUGGAUUCUUUUCCUUUAAACGAGCUCUUGGACGCUUUUCUAGAAAGCGCAGGGCAAAUUCAUCCUAGAUCUUCAUACGAAGUCUUUCUCGCGUUUUCGGAGAGAUUGAAUCCGGAAGAAGGCAUAAGAGUCUUAGCACUUGGAGAAGAAACUAUAAGAAACUCUGUUCUGUAUUCUGAAACCUUCGAAGUAGAGAAGAUGUUUCUGGAAAUGAAAAGAUGCCUACUUCUAAUUGAGAUAGGUGAACUCAGGGGGAUUGAAAAGAAGCUAUUUGAGUGGAAAGGUUUUAGAAUGCCAAAGAACGUGAGAAUUAUGUAUAAUUUUUUUGGGUUUAAAUUGUACCAAAAGAUUCAGAAUGUUGAAGAAGCUUUUUCUCAUCUCCUAAGAUAUGUAAACUUAUCGGGGUCUGAGGAAUUGAUGGAUUGUCUUGUGGAGUAUGCUUUACUUAGCAAAGAAUUUUUCAACUUUACCUUAAUAACAUCACUGCCUGGGUUCGAUAAAAUGAAUAAUAGGGAUCUGAAGGAAAUAUUCUUAAUGUUUAGAGAAGGAAAUGUAGAGAGACUGGAAGAAAAGUAUGGGAAAUUUACUGAGAUCUUUGGAAGUAACGCCGACGUAGUCAAAGAAAAGGCCUAUAUGAUAGCCCUAAUAAAUAUAUGCUUUUCGGAGGCCGAAAAGAAAGUAUCGAUCAAGAAGGUUGAAGAGUUGUUGAAGAUACCAAACAAGAUGGUUAUCUACAUCAUCUUAAAGUCCUUUGGCCUGGGGCUUAUAAGCGGAUGGAUUGACGGAGAGAAGGGAAUUCUUUACUUCGACAGCCUUAUUCCAAGAGCGCUACAGAAAGAAGAAAUUCAGAAGCUCAAGGAAAAAUACGAGAUCUGGGAAGGAAAAGUGCAGGAAAUCGUUGCUAUGCUAAAAUAA